AUGAAGUUAUCGGUGAAAGUCCAAGAUCAGCCCCACCACGACCCCAACCACCACGACCGCAUCAACAACCCAUUCCUCCUCCGCGCCAAACUCCCCAUAACCGUCUUCGGCCUCCCCUUCCUCUCCGGCGUCUCCACCUCCGACCCUUCCGACCUCUCCUUGUCCCUCCGCACCAACUUCCCCUCCGGCCCUUCCCUCAAACUCUCCUACACCCCCACCACCGCCACCGCCACCGCCACGUCACCCCUUUCCCUCACCCUAAAGUCCGGCGUCAGCCUCUUCGGCUCCCCAACGAACUCCCCCCUCGUAGUCUCCGCCCACUUCAUCAUCUCCCCUCAAAACCCUAACCCUAGCACCCCCACCUUCUCUCUCCAAAUCAAGCCCCAGUUCGGCGACUUCUCCCUCCGGAAAACCACCCACUCCUCCCCCCCUCGAAACCCUAGCCCUAGUUCCAAACCCGACGCCGAGGUCACCUCGAUGGGCUUUGUGCCGCUCGAGAGGCCGUCCGCGUGGAAGGACUUGAGCCUGGACGAUUUGUCGCCCGGUAAAGACUCGCUUCUCUCGGGAAUCGCAGUCGCGGCGAGGACGAGGUUGCCGGUGACGAGCCGGGUGGCGGUGAGUUGCCGGUGGGGGGUUAAUUUCCCGGCUGAUGUUACGAAAAAGAUGCCGUUUUUGACGGUGAGUAAGAUCGGUAUAGAGAGGGUUGAUGAGGUGAAGGAAGUGAAGGAGGUUGAGGUGAGGAAUGGUAAUGGGAAUGAGGGUGAUUUUGAGAUAUUGAAGGGCUUGUGUUUGUCGGUGGGACGGGAGUUGGAGGUUUUGCAGAGGGAGAACAGGGAGAUGAAGCAGAGUUUGGAGGAGAUGAGGUUUGGGAAGUUGAGAGGGCAGCAGGGGUGGAGUUAUGAAGGGUAUGGGGAUGGCGUUGCGAAGAAGGUGCCGGUUGGGAGUGGGAGUUCCGGUGGGUUUGAGCAGUGGAAGAACAAGAAGGGUGGCGGGGAAGAACACGGGCAGAAAGAAUCUAAGAAGAAUGGGAAUCGGGCUAGUGAUGUGGAGAGUGAAUUGCAGAGAGCUAUAAAGGCUGCUUCCUCUUAG